CUGCCGGCCCGGCCCGGCCCGACCCGAGCGGACCCGGCGCGGCUCGGCCGCGGAAGGAGAACGCGAAGGAGGAGGAAAAGGAGGAGGGAAAGCAAAAGGAGGCGGCCGCUCUCCCUCCCUCCCUCCUUCCUUCCCUCCCUCCCUCCCUCCCUCUCCGGCGGGACAAAGGGCUGCGGCUCGCAGGAGCCAUGGGCCGGUAGGAGCAUCCCGGAGGGACGCGGCGCUGGACAUGGAGCCGGCGGCGCGGGCGAGCGGGGACAUCCUGAGGCGGAACCCGCAGCAGGACUACGAGCUGAUCCAGCGGGUCGGGAGCGGCACCUACGGCGACGUGUACAAGGCUAGAAAUCUUCACACAGGAGAACUGGCUGCUGUAAAAAUAAUCAAGUUAGAGCCUGGAGACGACUUUUCACUGAUCCAGCAAGAAAUAUAUAUGGUCAAGGAGUGCAAGCAUUGCAACAUAGUCGCCUAUUUCGGGAGCUAUCUCAGCCGGGAGAAGCUGUGGAUAUGCAUGGAAUACUGCGGUGGGGGAUCCCUCCAGGACAUUUACCACGUGACAGGACCUCUGUCAGAGUUACAAAUUGCAUAUGUGUGCAGAGAAACUUUACAGGGUCUUGCUUAUUUGCAUAUGAAGGGCAAAAUGCACAGGGACAUCAAGGGUGCAAAUAUUCUCCUGACAGACCACGGGGAUGUCAAAUUAGCUGACUUCGGGGUAGCAGCAAAAAUAACAGCCACCAUUGCGAAGAGGAAAUCCUUCAUUGGCACCCCUUACUGGAUGGCCCCCGAGGUGGCGGCGGUGGAGAAGAACGGCGGCUACAACCAGCUGUGCGACAUCUGGGCCGUGGGGAUAACGGCCAUCGAGCUGGCUGAGCUCCAGCCCCCCAUGUUUGACCUGCACCCCAUGAGGGCUCUGUUUUUAAUGUCAAAAAGUAAUUUUCAACCGCCAAAGCUAAAGGAAAAAGCAAAAUGGUCGGCAACAUUCCAUAAUUUUGUCAAAAUAGCCCUUACAAAAAAUCCAAAGAAGAGGCCAACAGCAGACAGACUCCUCUCUCACAGCUUUGUGGGGCAGCCUGGCCUCUCCAGGUCUUUGGCAGUUGAGCUGCUGGACAAAGUCAACAACCCCGACAACCACACGCACUACGGCGAAGUCGACGACGACGAUUUUGAGCCUCACUCCGUUAUCCGCCACACCAUCCGCUCCACCAACAGGAACAUCAGGGCAGAGAGAACAGCGUCAGAGAUAAACUUUGACAAGCUGCAGUUUGAGCCCCCUCUUCGGAAAGAAACAGAAGCUCGGGAUGAAAUGGUUGUGGCAGCUGGCAGUGACUUUGCUUCACACUGGAACCCUUUUGUUGAUGGUGGAAGCAGCAAGGGACUGCUCACAAAAUUUGGCGAUGGGAGUGAAGAUGCUGAAGAGUCGACACUAAAGCGAGCGGGGCCUCCACCGCUGCCUCCCAAGCCGAGAAUAAACAGUUAUCCCGAGGAACACCUCCCGGAUGAUGAGAGAUGCCAGACAAUAAAACACUUCCCAGACUCCCAGAACAGAGCCCCAGCAGCCCACAGGAGACAGAGCAUCCCAGUUUGUGGCCCCCAGGCUGAUUCCAGCCCCAUUGGAAUGACCAGCAGCAUCAGCAGCCCCGGCUUGCUCACAGCCAGAUACAGCGACCUGGGCAACGGGAACGGGAUGCUGAAACUCAUCGAGGAAAACGCGGAAGGACCCGGACAAAUCCCUCAGCUCCCACGGAAAAAGGAGAAAAGAGAUUUCCCUAAACCAGCCAUCAACGGUUUGCCUCCGACUCCGAAGGUGCUGAUGGGAGCAUGUUUUUCCAAAGUCUUCGAUGGUUGUCCUUUGAAGAUCAAUUGUGCAACAUCCUGGAUACAUCCAGACACUAAAGACCAGUACAUCAUCUUUGGCACAGAAGAAGGGAUCUAUACUUUGAAUUUGAAUGAACUCCACGAGGCAACAAUGGAACAGUUAUUUCCCCGAAAAUGCACCUGGCUGUACGUUAUCAACAACACCCUGAUGUCCUUGUCAGAAGGGAAAACCUUCCAGCUCUACUCCCAUAAUUUAAUAGCUUUGUUUGAACAAGCCAAAAAAACGGGAUUAGCUGCUCAUAUUCAAACCCACAGAUUUCCUGACAAAAUAUUGCCCAGGAAAUUUGCCCUAACGACCAAGAUCCCUGACACGAAAGGAUGCCACAAAUGCUGUAUAGUACGAAAUCCAUACACAGGCCAUAAGUACCUUUGUGGGGCAUUGCAGUCUGGAAUUGUUCUGCUCCAGUGGUAUGAGCCCAUGCAGAAAUUCAUGUUAAUAAAGCACUUUGAUUUCCCCCUGCCAAGCCCCCUGAACGUGUUUGAGAUGCUGGUGAUCCCGGAGCAGGAGUACCCCAUGGUGUGUGUGGCCAUCAGCAAGGGCUCCGAGCCCAACCAGGUGGUGCAGUUCGAGACAAUCAACCUCAACUCGGCGUCCUCCUGGUUCACAGAGAUCGGGGCAGGCAAUCAGCAGUUGGAUGCCAUUCACGUGACACAGCUGGAAAGGGACACUGUCCUGGUCUGCCUGGACAAAUUUGUGAAAAUAGUGAAUUUACAAGGGAAACUGAAGUCAAGCAAGAAAUUGGCCUCAGAGCUGAGCUUUGAUUUCUGCAUCGAGUCCGUGGUGUGCCUUCAGGACAGCGUGCUGGCCUUCUGGAAACACGGCAUGCAGGGCAAGAGCUUUAAGUCAGAUGAAGUGACCCAGGAGAUAUCGGAUGAAACGAGGGUUUUCCGCUUGCUGGGGUCAGACAGAGUGGUGGUGUUGGAGAGCAGGCCCACGGAGAACCCUCAGGCUCACAGCAACCUCUACAUCCUGGCUGGGCACGAGAACAGUUACUGAGCAAGGCCCCCCCCCGACGCAAAUAACGGAGGGAAUUUGCCCUGGGAGGAACCAAAGGAGCAUCAGGGAACUGGAAGGGGCCGUUUCUUUCCUUGCCACCGGAGCUGUGCUGGUUUUUAGGGUGGAAAUCAAUCCAUUUUUUGCAGCUGGGAACAGCUGGUUCUGUCUCUUGCCACUGUGUGGUUGGUUAUAUGGAGUUUGCUUAAUAAAAGCUGAGAUAAAGAGCCCUUUACUCGUUAGUUGUAGGGAAACAGAGCCUUGAAAUGUGUUAUGCAGUAAAGGUGCCAUAAACUGUUAAAUAUUUUUCUUCCCUUGGAUUUUCCUGUUAGUCCUGUAGAUAUAGAUCUAGUGCUGGCUGUUGCCCCUGUUUUAUACUGAGUCUUAUUCUUAAUAAAACAAAGAUUUGUGUAGGAAGUGGAAGUAUCUGCAAAGCUUUUCGGUUUGAAGUCUGCCAUUGGGUAUGGCUUUGUAUAAUAGACUAUUUAAUCCUUAUUUAUUAAUCUGCUGCUAGGAUGAGGGGUAAUGUCUCUAACUUUUAGCAAAGGAAGGUUGCAGAGCAGCUUACAAUUUUUUUUGUUUUGUUUUGUUUUUUUUUACAAUUGUAUAAAGAUUUGAUUAUUCCUUUUUCCUCGUAGGGAUGUAGCUCAUUACUGAGGGGGUGUCGUUACCGUGUUGGGUGAUCUUGU